CGCCCAGUCUUUUGCAGUCUGAUCGGAGACAGGCGGAAAUCCAAACUCUUGCUCUCCUAUUGGUCAAAACCCAUGCAUGGGUCCCACCUGACGAUCGCGCCAGUCAAUUGCCAAUUUCUUUUACGGCAACACAACCGAAAAACGCUCCGAACUGAUAACACGAAUCGCGUCAAGUACUAUGAGCUCGUACUUGCGUGGGUACGACGUCUACUAUCCGCACUCGCAUUUCCGCGAGCCUAUCUCGGCGGGGCCACUGGCCUCCUACGACUAUGACGACGAUGACUUCUCUUCAGACUUUGAUGUUGUUGAAAGGGAUAUCGACGCAGAGAUCGAGGCAAGACUGCGCCAUGAACCGCCUCGUGCACGACUCUCUCCUCCUCCACUUCCGCCUGCUCCUCGGACAGUGUCCCAACGGAUGCUGCAGUCAUUGCAGCAGCAGCGUGCGCAGAAUCGAGCUGCUGCUUCGUUACCGCCGCGGCGACGUUCGUCUUCGAGAGUAGUUGAGCGAACCUUAGGCGACUCCAUGUACGACUUGCGCUCGGUAUUGAAUGAGGACGCGUCGGCAGUCAGCACUGAGAGGCUGACAGAUACGUUUGAUACUCCGCUUUCUUCGCGCUCAGGGGGGUCCUCCUGCACCGACCGACUGGAAGCUCGAAUUUCUAAGAGUUUCUUGGCGAGACGAGACAGCGGGCCGGGACUUGCCGCCGUGAACGAAGGGCAGGAUGUGUCGAUGUUGUAUUCUGGUAGAAGGACGUAUCCUGCCGAGUCACUGAGGAAGACUGAGCACGCGAGGAUGUCAGAUAACAGGACGACUCCACAGGAAACCAAAAUGAAGGAGAUUAUGGAGAAGGAACGAGCCACGAGGGUGUUUAGAUCUCAAGUGUCGUGUCCGGAGGUGCCAGCUGAACCGAUAAAGGAUAACGGAGUCAGAUUCCAUUUCAGAAGAGGAUCGUCCGUGGACAACGAUGUUUUGAACGGACGGAUGGGUAGGUUGGCGUUGACGAAUGGAACAGUUGAUGGAGGCGCGGAGACAUCGCUGGUGAGAGCGCAGCCUGUAAAGCGCGUGACGGAUCCAGAGUACACAGCGCUGGCCUCGCAGCUGGCAGAGAUCGAAGUUUUGGUGGAUGGGAUUGAGAACUACAUGAAGACCCCGUCGUUCUCGACGUUGGCCGUGCGUGUUCUAGAGGAAAUGGAGCUGCUCACUACCACUACACAGCAGAUCCGCACAAACGGAACGACGUUGAUUUUGGCGAAUGUUGGCAAACACCAGAAUGCUGACUUCACGCAAGCACUUCGACGUCUGGUGGCUAGAGCGGCUUCCGUUCAGAAGCGGAUCAGCGCUCUCAUGCACGUGGUCAAGAAGCUUGUGGUAUAAACCUGUGGACGACUUGCCGCUCUGCUGGUGAUUUCCCCCUUGCUUCUGGCACAGACCCAUGCGUUCUAUCCUCUGUGAAGCAUUAUUGACUGCUGCUCAAGUUGGAACAGGCUACUUGGCCUCACGGCUACUUACCUCACUUUUUAUUCCGAGAGAGAUUACCAACCGGACGGCCAAAAUGGCUGCGAUCGAAGCAGUUGUGUAUCCUGUCGGUAGACGCUAUCGCCUUGUAGUGUCGUCUUCGUGGUGUGUUUUAUUGCGUCUCCAUCGAGACUUUAGCUAAAUAUGAGUAGUACGAUUAUUCUCUUUUUCAUUGAUGGUCAAGAGGUGUUUCAUUUCAAGCUGCUUGAGUAGCU